AUUCAGUAAUGACCGUGAGCGCUGAACCUGGGUAAGCGGUAAUGUUAUUUUUUUUCGUUCCAUUUGAGAUGAUGGUCAGUGCUUGUUAAAUCGAUCCUAGAUCGGUUUAUGCAUACAAAGUACUUGAAGAACUGUCAAAGUCUUGGAGUCGAAACCAGAUCGAAAUUUGCAUAACGACACGGAAAUGAGAACUUCGAUAAAACACGAAAGCACACGAAAGCACACGAAAGGGAAUGGCAGAGGCAUAUGUGAAGAGGAUCUUAAAAGCGUCCGUACAUUUCUGUGAGAAGCGGUUGAAAGCACAAUGGAAUUAAUCUGUGUCCGGCUCCUGAGAAACAAACAGCUGUAUUCCUUACAGACCUAUAGGGCAUACUGGCAACGGGACUUUGGUACCUUUAUCCACCAACACAAAGCAUGCAUCCUUCAGAAAAACAAGGCACCGUCACUAGGCUACUUCCAUGGGACCAGAGGUAGCCUGUCCCAACCCUUCCAGCAGCAGCUCCGGACGGAUGCUGUUUGCCAGCAGCAGUGGAGGACAGUAUGUCUUACCCAGCUGACUUCUUGUCCUGGUGUCAGGUCAAGACUUUUGACAGUGCGUGCCCCCCACCAGAGCGCAGCUCCUCUCUUUGUUCCCGUGACCCCCUGCAUCCGUACUUUCCACACGUCGGGACCUCUCAGGGCUCUGCCUGCCCCCCUCAUAUGGCUGGUCCUCAAACCAUUACAGAAGCUACUGGCUAUUAUUCUUGGCAGGAGUAUCAGGAAGUGGUGGGUAGCUCUGCCGGCCAAUCGGCAGGAGCUGCUGCGGCAGGCAGCCUGGAGGCGCAGGUGGCAUCUGGCAGCAGGUGGGGCGGGCCUGCUGAUACUCCUCUCCCUCUUCUUCCUCACCCACCUGGAUGAGUCCCCUGUUACCGGACGGACGCGCCUGCUGGUGGUCAGUCGAGAGAACUUCGCGGAGCUGGCCAAGCUGAUCUCAGAGGGGUACAUGGAGGAGUUCAAGGAUUCGCUUGUGUCCCCAGAGGACCCUAGACAUAAGGUGACGGAGACAGUGGUGAAACACCUGGCCCAGAGGAACCAGGACAUUGAGGAGAUGGCCGGCAUUUCAUGGAGUGUGCACGUGGUGGACAGCCCCACCAUCAAUGCCUUUGUUCUGCCAAACGGGAAAGUGUUUGUCUUCACUGGCAUGCUGGAAGCUGUGGCCGAUAUCCAUCAGCUGACCUUCGUCCUGGGUCAUGAGAUGUCCCACGCCCUGAUUGGCCACGGCGCAGAGCAAGCCAGCAUGUCCCAUGUGGUGGACUUCCUCUCCCUCAUCCUCCUCACCGCCAUCUGGGCCGUGUGCCCUGGGGACAGUGUGGCCAUGCUGGGACAGUGGAUCCAGGGCAAACUCAUAGAGUUCAUGUUUUCUCGCCCCUAUAGCAGGAAGUUGGAGGCGGAAGCUGACAAAGUUGGACUGCAGCUGGCUGCUAAGGCCUGUGCCGAUGUACGGGCAGGCCCCGUCUUUUGGCAGCAAAUAGAACUCUCAGAUCAGCUGAGUGGGGAACCCACUGUGCCCGAGUGGCUCUCCACACACCCUUCCCACAGGAAUCGGGCCAACCAGGUGGACCGCCUGGUACCAGAGGCACUAGAACUCAGGGCCAGGUGUGACUGCCCCGCCCUACCCAGCACCGACCCCCGUGCUGUAUUCUCCAAGAGUGUCCGGUUGCUGCUGGACAGCGUGAAGGUGAAGAGCAAGGAGGGGGCACAGAAGGAAGCCGAAGAAGGAAGGAAAGCGCCUGCACUAGCACCUCAGGGGACCCAGCCACAGCUGGCCGGAGUCCUGGGGGCUACGCCCUCCCUCCCCCAGGCUCCGGUCAGCAAGUGAGCAGGUUUGCCACCUCACAGGAAGAAAUGGGGAGGAACCGAAGACAUUUUGGGAUCUCUCAAACUGUGAUGGCUGCCUCUCCCAAACCUGACUGCAGGGACUCCCGUAUACCUCUCCAUACACAGGAUUUAAAAAUCGUGAACGGAUUUGUACUGACAGAGCUCAUGUGUGAUUUUGUGAGCCUGCUGAAACACACUAAAUAUCGACUGAGCAAUGCCAUCAUUUCAGUUGUGAAGUAAUUGCUGGUGGUAACACUCAAGAGCACUGAAUUGGCUAAUCGGCACACUGACAUAAAGGUUAAUUAUCAUACAGUUUAUUUAUGGAAUAAAAUACAAUUUAACGUGUUUUCCUGAAUCUGAGGUAACAUGUAGAGUGUGUCAGCCUCAAAAAUCCCCUCUCCAGGCAUCAGAUGUUUAGAAGUGGUAUUUACUGGCAUCUAAAACACUGCUUCAUAGAGCAGAACAACAGUCACACAGCAUGUAGCUGUAAUAACAAUAAGACAAUUGAGGAUCACAUGUUAAUAUUUUAGCGUUGUGUAACACUUCUGAGUAGUGUAUCUGUGCCACUCUAUGGAGCAGAUCGGAUUGCAGUAUCAGUAUCUGUUCUAGAAGUCUGAUUGGGUUGUGUCCAACUCCAUUACAAAAUUAGGUCUACUCCAAACUCUGCUCACAGCUCCUCAGAAUGUACUCCUUUACUGAAAAGACUGCUCUCUGGUACAGACUCAAGACUGUCCUGUAGCCAAAUUAUUAUUAAAAUUAAUAUUCAGAUCAUCAUAAAACUAUGA